AUGGACAGAACCUUAAUGAACGAGGUUGUGGAAGUGGCUGAGCCUGGGAACAUUGUAAAUGACUCUCCAGAAACGGCAGCGAGCCUCAAGAGCAGUUUUGGCAGUCGCGAGGGGUCUGGAGACGCGCCGCGCGGUUUGAAGUACAUCGAACCCUGGGCCGAGACCGACCAGAAGAAGAGACCAGACCUUGCUAUCCACAGCAACAUCAAGAACAUCAUCAUGAUGACGAUCAUCAUCAUCAUAAGCAUUUUUCAUCACCAUCACCGUAUCAUCGUCGCCGCGUUCCAAUUCGUAGGCUAUCGAGCCAUAUGGUGA